AUGUCUUCUCAAGCCACCUCGGACAGCACCUCCGUGCCCGUCACCACUUCUCCGGCAGUCACCCCUGUGGCCUCUCCUGCCCCGCCGGCUAAACCUGAUUUCCACCCGGCGCUUGCUGUUACAAACAUUAGGAAUCACAUUCCUCUUAUGCUUGACGUGGAGACUGAUCGCUAUGGCACAUGGGCGGAGCUUUUCCUCAUUCACGCCCGUUCUCACCGGGUUCUGCAUCCCAUUGUCCCUACUGCGGACAAGCCUCCUCCGCUUGCCACUGACCCUACUUACGAGUUGUGGAUCACUUUGGAUGCCACGGUCCUUCAGUGGAUUUAUGCCACCAUCUCUAUUGACCUCAUGACUACCAUCAUGGAGCCUGACUCCACCGCUCUCACUGCUUGGACGCGUUUGGCUGAUAUUUUCUAG